CAGAUGGCGUGCAGCAGCAGGAGGGUCACCAUCCAGCUUGUGGACGAGGAGGCAGGGGCUGGAGCCAGGGGCUUGCAGCUCUUUCGGGGCCAGAGAUACGAGGCAAUCAGGGCGACCUGCCUGGAUUCUGGGAUCCUGUUCUGCGACCCUUAUUUCCCUGCUGGCCCUGAUGCCCUUGGCUAUGACCAGCUGGGGCCGGACUCAGAGAAGGCCAAAGGGGUGAAAUGGAUGAGGCCCCAUGAGUUCUGCACUGAGCCCCAGUUCAUCUGUGAAGACAUGAGCCGGACAGACGUAUGUCAGGGAAGCCUGGGUAAUUGCUGGUUCCUCGCGGCCGCUGCCUCCCUCACUCUCUACCCCCGCCUCCUGUGCCGCGUGGUUCCUCCAGGACAGGGCUUCCAAAAUGGCUACGCAGGCGUCUUCCACUUCCAGCUCUGGCAGUUUGGCCACUGGGUGGACGUCGUGGUGGACGACAGGCUGCCUGUGCGUGAGGGGAAGCUGAUGUUCGUGCGCUCGGAACAGCGGAAUGAAUUCUGGGCUCCACUCCUGGAAAAAGCCUAUGCCAAGCUCCACGGCUCCUAUGAGGUCAUGCGUGGCGGCCACAUGAAUGAGGCUUUCGUGGACUUCACAGGUGGCGUGGGUGAGGUGCUCUAUCUGAAACAAAACAUCUCGGGCGUCUUCUCUGCCCUGCGCCAUGCCCUGGCCAAGGAGUCUCUCAUAGGCGCCACUGCCCUGAGUGAUCAGGGUGAGUACCGGACAGAAGAUGGGCUAGUGAAGGGACAUGCAUAUUCAGUCACAGGCACACACAAGGUGUCCCUGGGCUUCACCAAAGUGCGGCUGCUGCGGCUGCGGAACCCAUGGGGCCGUGUCGAGUGGACGGGGGCCUGGAGUGACAGUUGCCCACGCUGGGAUGCACUUCCUGCUGAGUGGCGAGAUGCUCUGCUGGUGAAGAAAGAGGAUGGCGAAUUCUGGAUGGAGCUUCAGGACUUCCUCCGCCACUUCGACACGGUGCAGAUCUGCUCACUGAGUCCAGAGGUGCUGGGGCCCAGCCCAGCUGGAGGUGGAUGGCACAUCCACACCUUCCAGGGCCGCUGGGUGCGAGGCUUCAACUCUGGCGGGAGCCAGCCUAGUUCUGAAACUUUCUGGACCAACUCCCAGUUCCGGCUGACGCUGCAGGAGCCUGAUGAGGAGGAUGAGGAUGAGGAAGGGCCCUGGGGGGGCUGGGGGGCAGCAGGGGCUCGGGGCCCAGCGCAGGGGGGCCGCAUGCCCAAGUGCACUGUCCUCCUGUCACUCAUCCAGCGAAACCGGCGGCGCCUGAGGGCCAAGGGCCUCACAUACCUCACCGUGGGCUUCCACGUGUUCCAGGUUUGGUCUUGGCUACUGGGCCUCUGGGACUCCCCGCGCAGCCGCACACUCCUGCCCCGGCUGCUGCGCGCCGAUCGUUCGCCUUUUUGCGCCCGCCGCGACGUGAGCCGUCGCUGCCGCCUGCGCCCCGGCCACUACCUGGUGGUGCCCAGCGCCGCCCGCGCCGGCGACGAGGCCGACUUCACGCUGCGCAUCUUCUCUGAGCGUCACCACACGGCCGUGGAGAUCGACGACGUGAUCAGCGCUGACCUGCGGGCGCUUGAGGGCCCCUACACGCCUCUGGAGCUGGGCUUGGAGCUGCUGUUUCUGGAGCUGGCUGGAGAGGGAGAAGAGCUCCAGGCCUCACAGCUCCAGACCUUACUAAGCAUUGCCCUGGAGCCGGGCAGGGCCCACAGCCAAACCCCAGGGGAGAUUGGACUGAAGACCUGUGAGCAGCUGCUGCAGUGUUUUGGGCAUGGAGGAAGCCUGGCCCUGCACCACUUCCAUCACCUCUGGGGCCACCUCCUGGAGUGGCAGGCCAUAUUUGAUAAGUUCGAUGAGGACGCCUCUGGAACGAUGAACUCCUAUGAGCUGCGGCUGGCGCUGAAUGCAGCAGGCUUCCACUUAAACAACCAGCUGACCCAGUCCCUCACCAGCCGCUACCGGGACAGCCGUCUACGUGUGGACUUUGAGCGUUUCGUGUCCUGUGCGGCCCAGCUCACUUGCAUCUUCCGUCAUUGCAGCCAGCACUUGGAUGGGGGUGAGGGGGUUAUCUGCCUCACCCAUAGACAGUGGAUGGAGGUGGCCACCUUCUCCUAGGAUCCUAGGAGGGAGACCUGCAGCUCAGGGCUGGGGAGCUGAGUAAGACCACUCUGCUUUGGCCCUGUACCUCCCUGCCUGGUGUGAGAUGAAGAUCUGACAGGGCCAGCCUGCCUGGGGUUGGCUGCUGGCCCCACUGCUGGCCAUUUGGGUGACCUCAUUGCACUGUGCCCCCCCCCCCCUGAAACACGGUGGCAGCAGCAUCUUUCUCAUGCAGUAUAAAGCGAGCCCACGGUGCUGGAUGCUGUUCUAAGAGGGAGUCCCCAACAGUACUUCUUACUUUUACACACUUGCAGGAACAGGGCUCAUGGGCUCACAGGCCCUGCCUUGCUCUGGGAAGACAUGUUCUGCCACUGCUCUUGUAGGACACGGAGAACAGAGACAGGACAGAGAAAGAGAGGACACUGUAGAAAUCCUUCUUAAAAAUAUUACAUGUUUUAUUAUUCUGUCCCCAAAGGGUGGUUUAUCCAGAAACCAAGAAAAAAAAAAUCAAUCAGAAUAAACUCAAAAAGGGGAGAGGGGUGAACAAAACCAUCAACUACCAGGCAGCCAGGCCAGCUGCCCACCUCCACCUUGAGGGUCCCCAGAGACCCAAGCCUAACAGCAAACAAAGAAAAUCAGGGAGGGGCCAGGAGGGCAGCAUAUUAGCUAUGUCUUCAUUAUGAGAGCAAGAGACGGCAGAGAUAUGUUGCUAGGUGAAUAUAUAUUUAUAUAAUAAAUCCGUAAGUUAAUAAAGUAAAUAGUAAUUCUCUGAAAGCUUUCAAUUCUUUUUUUUUUUUAUAGGUUUUUUUGGUG